AAACAUUAUCUCUCCGGCUGCUGUUCGUGUAUUUCCGCCGGGUGUCGUAAGUCGGCUCGCCUAGUUUCGGGAAUUUCCGUCACACCAGGAAACGCCAUUUUGUUGCUGUGUGAAGUCGGAGGUAGCGCUGUUCAAGAUCUUACAGGAGCAUUGUGCAUAUUGGAAAUGGACGGUAUUGUUACUGAUGUCGCAGUUGGAGUUAAGAGGGGAUCAGAUGAAUUGCUCUCUGGAAAUGUACUUAAUGGGCCAAGCUCUAAUAUUAGUAGUAUAGUUGUAACAGCCAAUGGUAAUGAUAGCAAAAAAUUCAAAGGCGAUGAGAAAAUGGAAAGUGCACCUUCACGUGUUCUUCAUAUUCGAAAACUUCCUGGGGAAGUUACAGAAACAGAAGUAAUUGCUUUGGGUCUACCUUUUGGCAAAGUAACCAACAUCCUCAUGCUGAAAGGAAAAAAUCAGGCAUUUUUGGAAUUGGCAUCUGAGGAAGCUGCUGCCACCAUGGUUAAUUAUUAUACUACAAUGACUCCACACCUACGCAAUCAACCAAUCUAUAUUCAGUAUUCAAAUCAUAAAGAGCUUAAGACUGACAGUGCACUAAAUCAGCGUGCUCAAGCUGUUCUCCAGGCUGUUACAGCAGUCCAGGCAACAAAUACUUCUGUGAGUGGCACUGCGGGAAGUGAAAAUACAUUGUCUUCAGCACAAAGUCCAGUACUGAGAAUAAUUAUUGACAACAUGUAUUAUCCUGUAACUCUUGAUGUCCUUCACCAGAUAUUUUCAAAGUUUGGAACAGUUUUGAAGAUAAUCACAUUCACAAAGAACAAUCAGUUUCAAGCUCUGCUUCAGUAUGGAGACCCUUCUAAUGCACAGCAAGCAAAACUAGCUUUAGAUGGUCAAAAUAUUUACAAUGCUUGCUGUACCCUACGGAUUGAUUUUUCCAAGCUAGUAAAUUUAAAUGUUAAGUACAACAAUGACAAAAGUCGUGACUAUACUCGUCCAGAACUUCCCUCUGGAGAUGGGCAGCCUGCAUUAGAUCCAGCUAUUGCUGCCGCAUUUGCCAAGGAGACAUCACUUUUAGCUGUACCUGGUGCAUUGAGUCCUUUGGGGAUUCCAAAUGCUGCUGCAGCUGCUGCUGCUGCUGGUCGUAUGGGUAUGCAUGGAGUUUCCUCUGGUGGCAACACAGUGCUCCUUGUAAGCAAUUUGAAUGAAGAGAUGGUUUCGCCCCAAAGUCUGUUUACCCUCUUCGGUGUUUAUGGAGAUGUGCAGCGUGUGAAGAUUCUCUACAAUAAGAAAGACAGUGCACUUAUACAAAUGGCUGAUGGAAACCAGUCACAGUUGGCAAUGAGCCAUCUUAAUGGACAGAAAAUGUACGGAAAGAUUAUUCGUGUUACUUUGUCCAAACAUCAAACAGUUCAGCUUCCUCGAGAAGGCUUAGAUGAUCAAGGGCUCACAAAAGAUUUUGGAAGCUCACCUUUACAUCGUUUCAAGAAACCUGGCUCCAAAAAUUUUCAGAAUAUUUUCCCACCCUCAGCUACUCUUCAUUUGUCCAAUAUUCCACAAUCCAUAAGUGAAGAUGAUUUGCGUACACUUUUUACGAACACUGGAGGCACUGUGAAAGCAUUUAAAUUUUUCCAAGAUCAUAAAAUGGCCCUCCUUCAAAUGUCUACAGUGGAAGAAGCAAUCCAAGCACUGAUUGACCUUCACAACUACAAUAUUGGAGAGAAUCACCAUCUGAGAGUUUCUUUCUCAAAGUCAACAAUUUAAAAUGACGGAGCCAUCAGGGUUUAUAGCAUUGUUAAGUGUAUUGUCACCAAAAGACUGUUUGGAAAGUUGGGACCAGAGUCUGAUUUUUGUUUUUCACAUUAUCAUUCCUUGGUUCAUUAAGUGAAAUCAUUCAUCAAGAUGCAGUCAAUUUCUGCAGUUUUUCCAAGAUAACUAGGGAUGCCAUUUUUGUUAAGUUUUUAAAUGAUAUCCAUUUGUUUUUUUAUGUAUACAUGGACAUGUGCCUUAAAGGAGUAUUAGUAUUUGUAAAAUGUCUCCAUUUAGUAUCCUGAGGACUAAAGUAAUCAAGGGCACAUUGCUACAUGUGUAAUUAAACAUUUUACAUCAGGAGGUGUGUAAAAAGGUUAAGCUUUGGUGCCUCCUGUUAAGAAUUGCCCAAUAAUUAGUCAUUCAUGUCCCCUGUAUCGUAUAUGUUUUUUGUUUUGUUUUUUACUUUGAUUCAACUAGUUUGUUUUUCUCUCUACUUGUAACUUUUCCCCAGACUGGUGAAUUACAAUGGUAUUUCAUAAACAUCACCUUAGUUUACCAUUCACGUAAAAAGUUACAAUAAUGAAAUUAAGAAAAAAAACUAGAUUCUUGCUUGCCUGGUGCAGUUUCUUACUAGUCAGACUAGUUAAAAUUUCCUUAUUGUUUUUAGUUAUAUAUAUAUAUAUAUAUAUAUAUAUAUAUAUAUAUAUAUAUAUAUAUAUAUAUAUAUAAUUUGUGUAAAUGUUCAUUUAUGAGGAGGAAACAGCAUUAACAUUGGCCUUGUAAAUUCCAUAUGUCUGGUCUGUUUUGAGUUACGUACUAGUUAAGAAUUAGAAAGUUGCAGAUAAUUACUUUUUAUAGGACAAAUUGAACCAUUGAACUGUCAAGCAUUUUAUGGAAAGCAUUGUAGAAUCUUAACCUUUUUGUACACACUCUUGUGAAACGUAUCAUUUGUGGCACUAAGUAAUGUCUUGUUUGUGGCUGAAUAUUUUACGUAAUUUUUGAAGUUAAUAUGACGGAUGUGCAUUUAUCUAUAUAUUGCCAUCUUUUGUUUGUAAUUAUAAUUGGAAUAUGGUUGUGGAUUUCUGAGCAUGUACAGACUGGUCUAGCAAUUUCUUAAACUGGUGCAUGUAUUUUACAAUGAGAUUGAUAGCCUGUUAUAAAAUUCAAAUUUGUGGCAGUUUUUGAAAACUGACAACCAGGUGGGACCAAAGUUUAUGUGCCUUUAGUCUUAAUUUACCUUGCAUUGUAAUAUUGUUUUAAUAAAUAUCUUCAAAAUAUUUUGUAUUUAGAAAUAGACCGGCCAACAGACAUGACUCAGAAUCUACACAUUGCAAAGUGAAAACAGUCCACCUGCCAAGGGAACUGUUAAGAUUCUAUCACAAGUACAUUUUUUUUUAAAUUAAUGUAUUUGGUUUGCAAAAUCAUAGAUUCUGUUAAUCUAUGUAGAAAAAAUGAUCAUGUAUAUUUUCUAUUAGUUUUUACAUCUUUUAGAAAUGUAAAAUUCAGUAUAGUUUUAAAGCGGCACAAUUAAAAAUUAAUUUUCUAACAAAGUUGGGAGGUUUGAUGGUUGUUUGAUUUCAUCUUAUGUACUCUGCUUACCUCUGUAGCAUGCUCAAUAAACACUUCUGUAGCUCUGUA